AUGGCAGCAGUGGACAAAGAUGUGGCAGAGAAGUUUUUGGACAGCAACCCUGCCUUUGCCAAGGAAUACUUUGACUCAAAAUUCCGGCCGAAGCUCAUCUCGGACCUCCUGGGGAACAAGAAGUCAGAGGUGGACAUCACCAACUUCCACAACCUGUCGUCGGUGGAGGAGAGUGAGAUCAUGUUCGACCUGGUGCGGGACCUGCAGGAGAACCUGCAGAUGGAGAAGGCCAUCUUCAACCUCAUGCGACACCUCUGCUUCAUGAUGCGGGCCGACUGCAUGAGCCUCUUCAUGUACCGCAUGCGCAACGGCACCGCCGAGCUCGCCACCCGCCUCUUCAACGUGCACAAGGAUGCCAUACUGGAGGAUUGCCUGGUGGCGCCCGACAGCGAGAUCGUCUACCCGCUGGACAUGGGCAUCGUGGGCCACGUGGCCACCACCAAAAAGACGGUCAAUGUGCCCGAUGUCACGCAGGACAGCCACUUCAGCGAUUUUGUGGACAACCUCACUGAGUAUCAGACCAAGAAUGUCCUGGCUACGCCCAUCAUGAACGGCAAAGAUAUGGUCGCUGUUCUCAUGGCUGUGAACAAAAUUGGGGAGCCACACUUCUCCAAGGCAGAUGAGGAGACCCUGAUGAAGUAUAUCAAUUUUGCCAAUCUGGUUCUGAGAGUGUUCCAUCUGAAUUACCUUCACAACUGUGAGACCAGAAGGGGCCAGGUGCUGCUGUGGUCCGCCAGCAAGGUGUUCGAGGAGCUGACUGACAUUGAGCGACAGUUCCACAAGGCCCUCUACACAGUGCGAGCUUUCCUGAACUGUGACCGCUAUUCUGUGGGCCUGCUGGACAUGACCAAAACAAAGGAAUUCUUUGACCUGUGGCCGGUGUUGAUGGGUGAGGUCCCUCCAUACGAUGGACCAAAAACUCCAGAUGGAAGGGAAGUUAUAUUCUACAAAGGGAUUGAUUACAUAUUACAUGGAAAAGAGGACAUCAAAGUCAUUCCGAGCCCCCCAGCUGACCACUGGGCUCUGUGCAGUGGCCUGCCCACAUACGUGGCCGAGACUGGACUGAUCUGUAACAUAAUGAAUGCAGGAGAUGAUGAUUUCUUUAACUUCCAAAAAGGACCGCUGGAUGAUUCUGGCUGGACAAUAAAGAACGUGCUCUCUAUGCCCAUUGUCAACAAGAAAGAAGAGAUUGUUGGCGUGGCAACCUUCUAUAACAGGAAAGACGGGAAGCCGUUUGAUGAGAUGGAUGAGACACUCAUGGAGUCUCUUACGCAGUUUCUUGGCUGGUCAGUUCUAAACACAGACACCUAUGACAAAAUGAACAAGCUGGAGAAUCGCAAGGACAUCUUCCAGGACAUGGUCCUCUACCAUGUCAAAUGCAGGAAGGAUGAGAUUCAGAACGUCUUGAAUACCCGAGAAAAGUAUGGGAAGGAACCAAAUGAGUGCGAAGAGGAUGAGCUCGAGAAAAUCCUGUCAGCUGAACUCCCAAGUAAAGAAAAGAGUGAGAUCUACGAGUUCCACUUCUAUGACUAUUACCACACGGAGCUGGAGCUGGUCAAGUGUGGAAUCAAGAUGUACUAUGAGCUGGGUGUGGUGGACAAGUUCCACAUCCCCCGAGAGACCCUGGUGAGAUUCGUAUACUCGGUCAGCAAGGGCUACAGGAAGAUCACCUACCACAACUGGAGGCAUGGUUUCAACGUGGGGCAGACAAUGUUCACGCUGCUCAUGACAGGUGACCUGAAGCGUUACUACACUGACCUGGAGGCCAUGGCCAUGGUUACAGCCGGCCUCUGCCACGACAUUGAUCACAGAGGGACUAACAACCUCUACCAGAUGAAGUCUGGAAACCCUCUGGCAAAACUCCACGGCUCCUCCAUCUUAGAGAGACACCACCUGGAAUUCGGGAAAACAUUGCUCAGAGAUGAUGACUUAAAUAUUUACCAGAAUCUGAACAGACGACAACAUGAACUUGUCAUCCAUUUAAUGGACAUCGCCAUCAUUGCAACUGAUCUGGCUUUGUAUUUCAAGAAAAGAGCCAUGUUCCAGAAGAUUGUGGACAUGUCCAAGACCUAUAGUGACUGGAACGAAUGGACCAAGUACAUGAUGCUGGAGACCACCCGGAAGGAGAUCGUCAUGGCUAUGAUGAUGACUGCUUGUGACUUGUCUGCCAUUGCCAAACCCUGGGAGAUCCAGAGCAAGGUGGCGCUGUCAGUAGCAGCAGAGUUCUGGGAGCAGGGUGACCUGGAGAGGACUGUGCUGGAGCAGCAACCUAUUCCCAUGAUGGACCGGAACAAGGCAGCUGAACUGCCCAAGCUGCAGUGUGGUUUUAUUGAUUUUGUCUGCGCAUUUGUGUACAAGGAGUUCUCGCGGUUCCAUGUGGAGAUCACACCCAUGCUGGAUCGCCUGUUGAACAACAGGAAAGAGUGGAACGCCCUGAAGGAGGAGUACGAGGCCAAGCUGGCACAAAUGGAGGAAGCCAAGAAGCAGCAGGAGGAGAAAGCUGCGACAACCGCCGCGGCCAAACCGGCUGCUGCAGCCCCGAGCCAGGCUCAGUCCAAGACCUGUGUAAUCAAUUAG